UACCGCACCACAUAGAGUAUAAAGCAGGGCUCUGGGGAUAUUUCGUCAUAGAUGGAUUUCGUAGGAUGCGCAACAUCGUCCGGAUUAUAUCGAGUAUAAGAAUAACGACCACCAGCUUCAACCUCAGAACAGGGAUUAUCACAGGAAGAAGAAAUUACUCGUACAUACUCCCAAGCAACUUUACCAGUACCAUGAGUGUCGCCAACGCAACCUACAACGCCGGCAACGCCGCCGCCGUCCGCACCGAGUUCGCAGACGGCAAUAUCAGCAGCAAGUUCGGCCCCGAGGUGAUCAACUACUUCUCUGGUUCCCCGCUCAACCGUGUCUCCUUCCUUCGAGGCUCGACCGCCUUCCUCAGCGCCGCGCUCCCGCAAGCGCACUUCCUGCUCCUCAACGGUGACUUGGACCCACUGUCAACGUCGAACACGCACCUCGCGUUCGUCCCCUUCUCCGUGGUAGAGUCCUUCAUCGGCGCGCCGUACGCGCAGGACGAAGACGAUCUCAUCGCAUCGUACGACUCGCGGCUCGCGGCGCCGCCAACGCUGCUGUUCCUAGGCUUGGACGAGAGCGAUGGCGACGCCGGGUUCGAGUGGGCCAAGAGGGAGGGCGGGAGCGUUUACAAGGGCCGCCCGUAUUUUGCGGUUGCGGUGGGUGAUUGGACCCCCGAGGGCGUCGAGGGCGAGUGGAGGAAGACCAGGCUCGAUCUUAAGUUGGAGAGGGAACAUGCCGCGAUUCUGGGACAGGCCAGGGCUGUCAUGGAUUGGAAUAAUAGGAAUAGGUUUUGCUCCGCCUGCGGUGGCGCAACGAUUGCGGUCCAUGCUGGCACGAAGAGGGUUUGCCCGGGCUUUGAUAAGGCGCUGCAGAAAGACGGCGAUAAAACGCCGGUGGAGAGAACGCCGUGUGUCAGCCGGAAGGGAGUACACAACAUUGCUUUCCCGCGGACCGACCCCACAGUAAUCAUGGCGAUCGUCAACAUGGCCGGCGACAAAGUCCUGCUCGGGCGCCAACGCCGCUGGCCGGAACACUUCUACUCCUGCCUCGCAGGCUUCGUCGAGCCGGCCGAGAGCGUGGAAGAAGCCGUUCGCCGCGAGACCUGGGAAGAGGCCGGCGUGCGCGUAGGCCGCGUAGUGGUACACUCCUCACAGCCUUGGCCCUACCCGAACUCGCUCAUGCUCGGCUGCAUCGGCGAGGCGCUCCCCGGUGGCGAGGAGAUCCACUUGGAACAUGACCCCGAGCUACAACAGGCGAAAUGGUUUCCCAUCUCCUUCGUCAAGGACAUGCUCACGCGGCCGGCGGCGGGAUUGGAUGCGGCACUGCCGGAGGGGUUCCAGGAGGGUGAUAUAAGGUUGCCGCCUGGAACGGCGAUUGCCACGCAGCUGCUGCAGGCUGUCGCGAGCAAUUACCAUGGAGGAUUGAAGAUUUGAACUCCAGGGCGGCGGAGGGGGGCGGGG